CCCGGGGCUGCGGCGGUCGCCUAGCUGCUGUCGCAGCUGCCCCCCGGAGGCCCCCCAGCCCUAGGAGCCUCGCUUCCCGCGCUGGGCGCGCCCGGAGGGGGCGGGGCCAGCCAGGAUCUGGCGGCAGGAGGAGGAGCUUACGGAGGGGCCACGACCCUGCCCUCUCCCUGGUCUCCUCCACCCCCCCUCCACCCGCCCCAGCUCAACCUGCUGAUCCGCGGCCCCAGAGGCCUCCCUCCAGGACCCUGGCACUAACUUCUCUCUGGAACCCCCCCACACGCGCUUGGGCUCAAGCGCGCCCCCAUUCGGGCACCAGCGCCCCUGGCGUCUAGCUACCUCGCGCGCCUUCCGUGAUUUUUUUCCUAUUGCUUUCGUUCUCACACUCUCAAAUAGGUCAAGGGGUGGAAGUUACACCUGGUAUAGCCUCAGACUCUGAUGGAAAAGCAGCUUUUUCCCUCCCGGCUCCGAGAAAGCAUUGCAACUAUUCAGUUGGGUGGAGCUUCCCGCCCCCACACAGUGCAGAAAGCUCAGCGACCGUGGUUCUAACAAUGGUCUGCAGAGGGGAGCGGCGGGAAGCGUCUAGUCCAGCCUAGUUCAGCCAGCUCUGCGCCUGCCCUCCCUCCGGGGACACGGAGGAGGGGGCGCAACAGGUCGCGGCGCCCGCGCCCGCAAUUGAAGUCUGACCGCCAGGGUGAGUUCCUGUGCUUUUGUCAUUCCAGUCGCCGAGGGUGACCUGUUUACCUUGAACACUUGGGCAGGACCAAAACAGGCGAGCCUGCCAUGCAGGAAGGACUGCGGAAUGUGCUUCAGAUGUACACCGCAGAAAUCAGAGCUCCGAGCUGCAGGGAACAUGCUUAGUGUCUUAAAGGCCUGCAUUUGCUGCAAAGAUUCCUGCAGAGUGGCUCAUCAUGUGAAGGACCUCGCUAUUUGAUUUUAGGCUUCGACUUUUCAUGUGCAUUACACGUUGAGAAGGUCAGGAGUGCCAGCUGUCACUCACUGAAAGUGGAAACUGCCAUCAAUCACGAAGACAAGAAGUGAUUUUCCUGUAAUCACAAGAUGACUCAGGAUGGACCCUGAAGCCGCCCGGCUGGAGAAGCAGCACGUGCACGACGUGUACGAGAGCACCGCCCCCUACUUCAGCGACCUGCAGAGCAAAGCCUGGCCCCGCGUGCGCCAGUUCCUGCAGGAGCAGAAGCCCGGCAGCCUCAUCGCUGACAUAGGUUGUGGGACUGGAAAGUAUCUUAAAGUGAACAGCCAGGUGCAUGUCCUGGGCUGUGACUACUGUGGGCCGUUGGUAGAGAUUGCCCGGAGGCGAGGGUGUGAAGUCAUGGUGUGUGACAACCUUAAUCUCCCCUUUAGGGACCGGGGCUUCGAUGCCAUCAUCUCCAUAGGAGUUAUACAUCAUUUUUCUACAAAGCAAAGAAGAAUCAGAGCAAUAAAAGAAAUGGCCCGAGUCCUAGUGCCUGGAGGCCAGCUGAUGAUUUAUGUCUGGGCCAUGGAGCAAAAGAACCGGCACUUCGAGAAGCAAGACGUGCUGGUUCCGUGGAACAGGGCCCUGUGCUCCCGGCUCCUCUCCGACCCCAGCCAGCCUGGGAGGGAGAAGCAGUGCGGACGCCCAGAGAGGAGCCACCCCUGCCUCCCUCCUUGCACCGAGUGUAGCUGUUCCGUUCGAUUUAAGGAGCGAUGUGGCUCGAAGCGGUCCCGCAGCGUGGACUACGAACCUGCUGAGGCUGGAACCUGCUGUGCAAUUAUUUCUAAGGGAGGUGGGGGAGAAAAUGGAUUCUAUAAUGCGUUAGGAAAAUCUUUUCGCUCCUGGUUUUGCUCCAGAUCUUUGGACGAGUCAACACUGAGGAAGCAAAUUGAAAGCGCGAGACCCUUGAAAAGCACAGAAGCUCGGGCUGCUGGUGCCGUAUCAGUCCAGCCUUCCAGCCAGUCUAAUCUAGACCUGGGUCGCCAAGAGCCCUUAGCAGCAAGAGAGCAGAACUUAGAUGAGGACGUGUUUCUGGAAACUUCUCAAAAACAUUCGGAGUGGCUGAGAGCACCAGGCACAAGGAGACACCUAAAUGGAGACCAUCAAGGGGAAACUGGGAGAAAUGGCCGUGGGAGUUUUCUGGGUAGCAGCGACACUAAGGAGAAGCGUGUGGCCGCAGGUGACUUAGAAGAAGGAGACCCUUCUGCUGGUAAAAUAUUGAGAAGGAUUUCUGCAGCCGGGUCCACAGACUCCAUCCCGGAUGACGCAAUUUCUGUUGAAGGACGGCAGCCAGACGUUCGGGAUUCCAGAGCCUUUAUGCGCUACUACCACGUGUUUCGAGAAGGCGAGCUCUGCGGCCUGCUGGCGGAGAGCGUGUCCGAGCUCCAGGUCCUGAGCUCCGGGAACGAUCACGGGAACUGGUGCGUCAUCGCGGAGAAGAAGGAGAGCCGCGACUGACGGCUCGUUUCGGACUCGGCGCAUGAACCACGUGCUUUUCGCCGGGUCUGGGAUGGUUACCUGCAUUGGCUUCCAGUUUCUUUAUUUCCUCUUUUUUUUUUUUUUUUACCCAUUUAUGCUUUUUUCUGUAGAGACCAUGAAUUGGUCAUCUUUUUAAACUUCGGGUAAACACAGAAGCAGGCAUCUGGAGCUUUUCCCGAAGGGUGUUUGUGGUGACAGGUUGCUAGGAGAGCUCUGAAGAAGAAACGCACAACGAACCUCAGCACGGUUUGGUUUUUUUUCACGCUGAAAGAUGAAAUUAUUACGAGAUGACAUGUAUAUUGUUUUUUUUUAGUAUGAUAAACUAAUUUUAAAAGAGUCUGUUUUUAACUGUACCUUCUGAAAACAACAUUUUGUAAAGUUAGGGGGGUAAUUUCUGCUUUUCGGAUUAUAAUUUAGAUCGAUUUGCCAGCAAACAGGUAAACCUCCUUUCACUCAACAGGUGGAAAGUGAACCUUGUAAUCAGUUGUUUUGUGGCCAAGGCCUUGCCUCAAAGUCUGCAGAAAGGUGAGGAACCAUAGAGAGAGACAAGAGGUGUUACGGGACUUUUUGAAAGGAUAAACUUGCCUCAAGAUAAGUAAAUAAUGAGGUUAACAAUCUCAGAGUUUUUAAGGCCUUUUUAAGCAUGUAGAGAGUGGUCUCUAUGGGUGUUUGAAGUUGGUAUUCUCCUGACCUUAUUAGAGGCAAGAACGUCCAGUUCUGAUAAGACCAAGAUUGACGAAUGAGGAGCUCUCAUUGAGAAUGACGGUUUUCUCACAGCCUGAAGGGAGGUGCAGGACAUGGGAGUCUGGCUGAAGCCCUGUUUGGACUCAAUGUAAAUAGACUGUUAAGGGGUAAGACAGUCGGCCUUGGUGGGAAAGUCAGUUGUUGCACUUUGAAAAUUAGCAUCCAAUCAUUUACCCUUUGGAAAGUAACCACAUUUUGUUAGUUUUAUUAGAGAUGUAGGCAGAAUCAUGUCCUAUUAGUUGCAGGUUGAAUUCCUGCCACUUUAUGGACAAAUAGAUUGGCAUCGUGUGGCCACUGCCUCUGUUUAGACUGAACCAGGGGGCUGUUUAAAUCCGUGUCACUGGUCCUGAAACACAGACAUAAUGAGGGCGGGACCAGAGAGCUGAGAGAAGCGGAAUAAACUGACCCAGGAAUACAGCCUCAGAUAAUCCUUGAGGAGGAGAGAGCCCACCCUGGACAGAAGCCUUCCACUUUACGGACCGUCAUAAUCCUGGGUGAAAAUCCAAUUCUUGUCCUAUUUUCCACUGAAGUGAACUGAAAUAGUAAAAGAUUUCCUUUGGUUUUGGUUUCUUCUUUCCUUCACUGAUUGUGCUCUAACUUAAAAAAUAAUGGUACUUUCAAAGAAACCUAAAGAAUUGGUUUUCAUGCUUAGCUGAAAAUUAACAGUAUUUACAACUCUCUUUUGGCUCUAAAAUAAGCCUGCCUCACCCCCUGCUUGGCUCCUGAGGUUGUCUGGUGGAAACGAGACGUGACUUGUGUUGUUCGGCGCAUAGUUUGCAUCAGAGGGACGAUGGAAACAGGCGUAGAAGUGGGGUGUCAAUUAAAAAUUAAUUUAGCGUCUUCCAUUUCUUAAAUUAGGACAGUCAACCACGAGUAUAAGUGGUUUUAUUGGCGGAAAGAAAAGAUGCUCAGAGAAGCCCUUACAAUGAAGGUUUGAUGGCCUGUUGGUUACGAGUGGAUGUUUUCCCGCUCGGAAGCCUCUCGUCAGAUGCGUCUUGAAUCCCAGCCCUGCUGCUAGAAGUCUGCUGGAGGCCUUUCUGGUGGCAGCUUACCACUCACACAGCUCUCAGUUUCCUAGGCCGCUCCAGAACGGCUUUCAGCUGGUAGCCUGGAUGAGCAGCCUCUGCACACACACACACCCCGCUUUGUAUGAAAUACUCUCUGGCAUGGUUCUUGGCAGAGACGUUGUCACGUAAUCUGGACAGGGCUGUAACUUAAAAAAACUCUCACUUUGCAUAAUAGCUCUCACAUUUUUUUCUCUUUUAAGUUUAUUUUAUUGAUUGUGCUAUUACAGCUGUCCCAAUUUUUUUCUCCUGUUUAUCCCCCCUCCACCUGCAUCCCCCUCCACGUGCAUCCCCCCACCCUCCAGCAUCCCCCACGCCCCUUAGUUCAUGUCCAUGGGUCCUACAUAUAAGUUCUUUGGCUUCUCUGUGUCCUAUACUAUUCUUAACCUGCCCCUGUCUAUUUUAUGCCUGCCAGCUAUGUUACUUAUUCCCUGUAACCUUUCUCCCCAUUCUCCCCCCCCCACCCCACUGAUAACCCUCCAUGUGAUCUCCAUUUCUCUAAUUCUGUUCCUGUUCUAGUUUUUUUUCCCAAAGAUCUUAUUUAUUUAUUUAUUUAUUAGAGAGGGAAGGGAGUGAGGGGAGAGAGAGACAUCAAUGUGCUAUUGCUGGGGGCCAUGGCCUGCAACCCAGCCAUGUGCCCUGACUGGGAAUCGAACCUGUGAUGCUUUGGUUCGCAGCCCGUGCUCAAUCCACUGAGCCACGCCAGCCAGGCCCUGUUCUAGUUGUUUGCUGAGUUUUGGUAUUUUAGGUCCAGUUGUUGAUAAUUAUGUGUUUGUUGUCUCUUUUCAUCUGCUAAGUACAAGAAUUCUAUGCAUCCAGACCUUAUUUUGUAUGCAAAUAUUUAAUGCUAUGGUGGAUAACGUCUUUUUGCUAUAUUGAUGUGAAAAGCACUCUUAAAUCUAACUUCUGCCUUUGGAUAUAUAUCCAAAAUAUCAUAGAUCUUCAAUAUAUAUGCCUAGCCAUUGAAAAACCUAUAUGAAUAUCUCAAUCACUUGAAAAUCUUGCUCACUUUUAAAGCUGUCCUCAGAAGGAAAAACAAGUCAUAAGUGAGUUUAAACAUACACAGGCUAUUUGUGAGUGUUCAGUCUGCCUUAACCUGAUUAUGGAUUUUGCAGCUCUAUCUGAAGUAACUAGAAAACUUGGGGCUCCAUUAUUAGUGCUGGCCCAAACAGUGUCUUUCCCGUCCCUUCUCUUGUGCUUGCUGUCCCGUAAGAGUCCCACAAUGUGAAGUAGAGGGGAGUGUGUGGGGGAUUAUCGGAAUGUUUUUGAAAACCUUUGCUGGCUUGUUGAUGUCUCACUGGCUUAUCUGAGGAAUUCCAUAUAAACAGUCAGAUGACUUGGGAAAAGUACGUUAACGUGGACGAAGGAUGCAAUCAAAGUAAUGUCAUGGUGGGAACCACACAAGAGGCCUAUUUAAAUUAUUUUAAAAUUGUCACGAUAGUGAUGAAAUGACACCAGCCUGUUGUAGCAACUAGCGAACCAUCUAGCAGACGUCUUGGGCAUCAUGUGGGUCUCCCUUUCUCAUCACUCAUCCGGAAGCAGGAGGGUGUGUGAUUCGUGUCUCCAGUUUGCCUUCCUGUGUCCUUCCAAAUUCUGAAUGUCAAGAAUUCCUCUGCAUAUUACCCAAGUGUCAAUGAAAUGGGCAAAAACCAGAGGUAAUCCAGAGAGAAAACAAUCCAACUCUAAAUUAGCUGGAAAUAUCGACAUACUAGCACAUUAAUGGCCACAAACAGCAUCAGCAUUGGGGGGUAGGGGGCGUAAAUAAAUAAAUGGGUUUGAAGCAGGACAGAGGGGCUAACUCAGUAGCUGAUGAACUUUUCGGGGAAGCUUACAAGUGAAGUAUGAGGCCCCAGCUGGUGUGGCUCAGUGGACUGAGCACUGGCCUGUGAACGAAAAGGUUGUAAGUUUGAUUCCCGGUCAGGGCACUUGCCUGGGUUUUGGGCCAAGUCCCCAGCUGGGGGUGAGUGGGAGAGGCAAUAGGUCCAUGUUUCUCCCCAUCUCUUUCCCCUUCCUUUCCCCUCUCACUAAAAAAGAAAUGAAACCAUUAAAAGGGAAAAAAAAAGUGUGCUUGAGCUGUGAGUGCCCACUCUUUAGGAGGCAGGGGGAUGGGACAGAAUCUUUGGCCAAGCAGCAGCAGUCUGGAAAGCGCUAAUUAGGGCAGCCUGGAGCUUUUCUCUCCUACUGUGGAGAAAAUUUGAACUGUAUCAAUAACAGUGGGUAACUUUUCUUAAAUAUCUAACAGUGGUUUUACCUGUAGACCUCACUGAAGCCCUCCGAGGUGAGCAUAUUUAUGUCCCCAUUUUGCAGAUAAGAAAGACCGAGGCAGAAAGAAUUUAAAUCUCCCAACGUCACAAUCACGUCCAGAGCCUGUAUCACACGUGUAGGAAGGGGCAGGGCUGAGACUCGAGCCCAAGCAGUCUGACACCCAGGCGCGCUCUCAGCCACAACCCCAGGUACCCCAGCCACAGGACCAAACAAAUGAUAACAGCCUUCCGAGGUGUGGUUAUCCCCUUUACAGAUGAGCUUUAGCGAGAUUAAGCAAUGAUUACGCAGCUAGACAAUAAUAGCCAUCCCUGACAUAUUUUCCCCCAUCUUUUAUAUUUAUUUUUUAAAUUUGCAAGUCUGUUUCAGUUUGACUUCAAUGAAAAAAAAAUAGUCUUGGUUGCAAAAUGUUGUGUGAUCACUUUUCUCCAAAUCUUCAAUCCUUUAAAAACCGUAUUACCUUGAGGGCUGUUCAGGCAUUUCACUCCUUCUACUUGUUUACGGAACCUGUGAGUUCCCGGUGACGUAGGAUGUCAGGCAGCGAGUAUCAGCUGUGUUGUGUGUACACAGAAGGUUAGAAUUAACUCCAAGGGCCCAGCUGGCACAGUCUUCAUGCUUGUUACAUACAUACCACCAAGUUACAUUGUCUAGUUUGAGAAAAGCAACAGACAAAACACCCUUUUAGGAAGUCACAAUGCACGUUAGCAUAUUUAAGGCCUUGGACUUAAAUAAAGUAAACUUGGACUGAAUUUACCAAGUUUGCCCGAGACACAUUAACAUCCUCUAGCACCAGCAUUCUGCGGAACACACUUCAGCAAAUGACGCGUCUGAUAGAGCAGAACUCACACUCCUUAGGAGGCCAUUCGUAAACUGACUCUGUUAUUUUCUGCCUCAUCUCCUGCAAUGGCACUGCAGUUUUUUCUGUCCUGCAAUCUGCCGUCUUAAACAGUGCACUCAUUAGGAAUUACACCGUGACGGGUAGUUGUCACAUUCCCUAGAUAUAAACUUGGGUUUCAGAUGUCAUCAUUGCAGUCGUUCUCCAAAGAAAAAGGGCAGAAAACAGGCUUCAUUCGUCAAGUCCAAGGUCUCGUGAGAUUAAGUGCUAUCAUACACCCAUCCAACAGAUGGAAAAACCACAGGAAUGGAAGCGGGUUAUAGAAGCAUCGGCAGCCCCCAAACCAGAAUGCUCAACUCCUCCCAUCCCAAUCUUAAUUCCACAUUUCAGUUGGUAAUGGUUUGGUAUUCGAGAGUCUGUAUUUGCCACCUCAAUUACCUACAGAACUGGGGUGAGAGUAUUUUAAAAAGAACUCUUCACCAACCAAGAGUUAAAAUUAUAAUGCAAACAGAAAGCGUUAGGCAUGGCACGGAGAACACAGACACAGAAACCUGAGAAAGCUAAGCACAGAGAAAAUACCGAAUCGUCCUAUUUGGGCUUCCCCGCUGGUCCCACAGUAUGUGACGACCAUUGGUAGGGAUGGGCGUCGUCUCAGUUCUAACACACAUUCUGGCCCCCGUAGCUCUGCGUCUUCCCCACUGAAUGCACGAGCAACCACUUUGUCCGGGUGGGAUCUGAACUGUCAUAGAAUCUGUGUGACCAAUUCCACGGACCCCUCACUCGACAAUUACAUACACACUUUGUGUUUGCUUCAACUAAAGCUGAGAAAAGUAAAGUUUCCUCCAACCCAAUUAAUUAUUAAGGGAUCCCCAUGAAACAAUUUAUUUUCUCUACACGGAACAUUUAUUUUUCUUUGGCUGUUACCACCAGAGAGGAAAGACAGUGGGUCCCAGCAGCUCACCCAUAGCCAGUGUUGAAGGUUGAAUUCCUUGAAGAAGUUAUGUUAAUAUUUACGGCCGCCUGGCAGGGAAUUUUGUUGAAUGAUAGGCAUUUCUCUAGUGAGCUAAUCACACUGCUUCCAUUUCUUUUUUAUUCACGUAUUUAGCACAUUAGUAAAAGACUGCUUUUCUACUCUAUUUAUACAAACCCUGGCACUUCUUAAAUCUCACUGAUACAGACCCCAGUGGAAUUUCUGAGACACUUUGAAUAUAUACAUGAAAACUGUCCCAUUUUCUUCAGAUGUUCUCUUAAAUAUGUAUGAUGUAAAUUAUAUAUAUUCUUAGACAUCUGGUGUUGGCUGUUGUUAUUGACCAAGAGAAAGAAGGCCUCUUACCCUCUUGUCAAAACAUUAAAUCAGCGAUUACCAUAAAACUGUAUUUCAUUGAAUUGAUUUUUUGUUGUUGUUUUACAGAAAUUCAAAGAUGAUUGUUAAGUGUUGUGGUGGCUUUUCUGGUGUUGACAUGUAUUUUUUUUAUCGAAAGUACAAAAACUCUUCAUGUUUUCCUACAGUGUACAGUUACUUUAGCUUUUCCCAGGAGAAGCUAGCAAUAGUUUCAAAAGCACAAAUUGAUGUAAAAUAUCUCUACUGUGGUGACAUUCAAACAUAUUUUAUUUGCAUCAACCGAUGAUGUUAGGAUUUUUUGUAAUAAUAAUUAUUUCAGUGGUGUAAUUUGUGUGCUUGUGCAAUGUAUUACAUAGCUUAUUGAAGUUGUACGUACUGCACUUUUCAGAAACGUUACUUGGUGAGCAGAGUGUUGCCCUUGGUCUCCACUCUGAGUGACACCGGACAGGUGCCGCCCUCUACCGGUUCAGCCUGUCCCCUCUGCUUAUCUAUCCACAGAACCGGGCACAUCCAUAUCGGAAUUGUUACCUUUGUCUAAAGGGAACCAAACUAGCCAUUUAAUAAUAGACUGUCUUUAAUGGGUUGAUAAAGGAAUAUUAUUGACAAAAACAUCUUUUAAGAUGAAUAAAGAUGUAGCAGACAAUCUG